AAUUUAAAUGUUUCUGUUUUAUUGAAAACUUUUGAAGGGAGCAAAUAUUGAAUGCUCUUGCUUAUUUCAACCAUUUAGUUCUAAGACUCUAACUUGUCGCUCUCAUUGGCCAAAUAUUGUAAAGGGCUUUAUUAAAGCAUUAUUUCCACUAUAAAGUGCAUUAUCUUCAUAUUGUCAAACAAAGUUUCAAAUUUACAGUCCUUCCAUUUUUUAAAAUAAAUAACUUGAUAUUUCUCUUUUCAAAGUUAACAUACUCUUUCUCCAAGUUACCAACUAGAGAAGGUGUAGUGUAAAUGUCAGUAGCCAUGACCAUGCCGGUGUUUGUCAUAUUCUGGGUAAGUCUUUGCCUGACCAGUGUCAAGGGUGAUUAUUACUCGGCCACCAGUGAACUAGAGGCCUUGGUUGAUGUAGAAGUCCGUUUGGUGCAACAAAUCGAAUUCUAUCUGCAAAAGGCAGAAGAGCAGCAAGAAAAUAUCAAAAGAUUUCUUGAAAAUGUAGAAAAAGUACCAGAUGAUCCCUAUUACAUUGAAGAUUAUUUUGAAAAUCCAAUUAACGCAUUUAUAACAAUCAAACGCUUAGUCCACGACUGGAGAUACAAUGUAUUUGAGCCAGUUUUCGAUCAAAGUGACUUAGUGGCGUACAAAGAAAAUCUAACUAAACAAUUGGAGUCUCCCGACUUUAAGAAUCCAACAAAGGACGAUUUGUUGGGGGCCACUCGAGGAUUGUGGCGCCUACAGGAGACCUAUAAGUUGCCCACAUCGCAGCUGGCUAAUGGAAUUUUAAUGCCAGGCGACAAAAAUGAAUUGAAUGUUACCCUCAGUGCAAGUGAUUGCUAUACAAUUGGCAGUUAUCUUAAUGAACUCCAACAACAUUCCUAUGCUGUGGAUUGGCUCUUGGAGGCCAAAGCGAAGUCAAUUAAGGAAGUUUCCGCAUUUCCCUUUGUAAGCGAACUCAGCAUUCUCGAACAAUUGGCUCCAACACUGAAUCAGGUGGGUAAUAAGAAAUUGGCCUACAGGCUAAAUACUGAAAUUCUGGAGAAAGAUCCAAAUCACGAAACGGCACUGAAGGACAAACCCAUAUACGAGACGCAAUUGGCAUGGCAACGAGAUCCUCGACUUAAUGUUGCGGCAUCAAAAGUUGAUGAGUCAAGCAAAAGUCUAGAUCUCUAUCAGCGCGUCUGUCGAGGUGAAUUGCGGCAAAGUCCGCGUCAGCAGCGGAAAUUACGUUGCUUUUACAGUGAUCGUGGUGUAGCCUUCUAUCGUCUGGGUCCUUUCAAGGUAGAACAACUAAAUUUAGAUCCGUAUGUAGCCUAUUUCCACAAUGUAAUAUCCGAUGAUGAAACGGAUGAUCUCAUUGAGCAUGGCAUGGGACAAGUCAAACGUUCGAGAGUGGGAACUGUGGGAAAUUCCACUGUUUCGGAAGUUCGCACCAGUCAGAACACCUGGUUGUGGUACGAGCAACAGCCUUGGCUAAAGAACCUUAAAUUGCGUUUGGAGGAUAUUACCGGACUCGGCAUGGAAAGCGCAGAGCCCCUGCAGUUGGUUAACUAUGGCAUAGGUGGACACUAUGAGCCCCAUUAUGAUUUUGUAGAGGAUAAAGUAACGACAUUUGGCUGGAAGGGUAAUCGUUUGCUGACAGCUCUUCUCUACCUAAAUGAGGUGCCAAUGGGCGGAGCAACUGCAUUUCCGUAUCUGAAAUUGGCAGUGCCACCCGUUAAGGGUAGCCUUCUGGUUUGGUACAAUCUCCAUCGUUCUCUGGACCCAGAUUUUCGCACUAAGCAUGCUGGCUGUCCAGUUCUCAUGGGUUCAAAGUGGGUUUGCAAUGAAUGGUUUCAUGAGGGCGCCCAGGAAUUCAGGCGACCUUGUGGCCUUAUGAAUGACAGUAAAAAGUCGAUUACUUUCAAGCCAAUUGAUGUAGUAUAUAUAUAACACUCAUGCCAUU